AAUAUUCAUGUUCUUCAUCAAUGUUCUUGUUACCAAAAAAACCUACAGAAGUAAAAUAAAAACAAAAAAUUCUCUUUAAUUUUCCUUCAUUAAUGCUCUUCCAUACAACUAGAUAUUUGUUUUAUUUUUAUCAGUAGAAAUUGCAAUUUAUUAACGAGCUCGUGCUUGAGCAGGGUACAUGCAGCUCGUGCUCCACAUCUUUUAGCUCGACCUCGGGUAGGAUGCUCGCAGCUCGGCAUCUCGUACUUGGCAGAUCGUGCUCGAGUUCAUCAUGCUUUUGAGCUCGGCAGCUCGUGCUGGAUUUCUGCAUCAUGCCUUUGAGCUCGGCAGCUCGUGCUGGAGUUCUGCAUCAUGCCUUUGAGCUCGGCAGCUCGUGCUUGAGUUCUGCAUCAUGCAUUUGAGCUCGGCAGCUUGUGAGCUCGUCCUCGAGCAAGAAUUUUGUGGCUUGUGCUCGAGCAGGGAGUUCCCAGCUCGUGCUUCAGCAGGGAUUUUGCAGCUCAUUCUCCAGCGUUUCACUGCUCGUGCACCAGCGGGAAGUUCGCAACUCAUGCUCCAGCAGGGACUUUGCAGCUUGUGCUUGAGCAGGGAUUUUGCAGCUCGUUCUCUAGCAUUUCACUGCUCGUGCACUAGCUGGAAGCUCGCAGCUCAUGCUCCAACAGGGACUUUGCAACUUGUGAUGGAGCAGGGAUUUUGCAGCUCGUGUUCGAGCAGGAAGCUCGCAGCUCGUGCUCCAGCAAGGACUUUGCAACUUGUGAUGAAGCAGGGAUUUUGCAGCUCGUGUUCGAGCAGGAAGCUCGCAGCUCGUGCUCCAGCAGGGACUUCGCAGCUUGUGCUCCAGCAGGGAUUUUGCAGCUCGUAGGUGACUAUUCCGAUCAUCACCAACUCUGCUCAUGCUUAGUGAUGAUGAUCAUCAGCUGAGAUGUUUGCUGCUGGCUACCUACCCACAAGCUUUUUCUCCCCAUUGAGAUCGCCCUGUUUGCUAGCUUGUUUUUCUAGUAACUCUCAUCUUAACUCCUUUUGUUCCAUUGUUCACAUAGAUGUGGAAGUGCCACUUCAAGCCAAAUGAAAUCUAGUUUCUCCUCUUGUUUCCUGUCAAAAAUGGAUCUGCAGAUUUGGGGAGAAGCUAGAUCUACAAUGACAGCAAAGCAAUAAAGCUUUUUAUUCAGG